AUGAUACCCCUCGGAAAAACCUUACUAAUCGGAACGGCAUCUUCUCUCCUCGGAGCAGUAUGUCUUGAUUAUGUGUUAUCCAAGCACUACUUUAAGAUUGAAACCAUCCGAGAGGAUACCAAUAGAGAACAAGUGAUGAAAACAUAUGCCAGUUUGAAAAUACCAUCUCUCAAUAUGCAAGAAGUGUCUUUGAAUGAUAAAUUGGAGAAUGUUUCAAUGCUGGAUCGAUUCGAAUCCAAGUAUGGUGAAGAAAUCAUGCUGAUGGAUCAUUAUAGAACUUCCAUUUCCAUUCCAAAAAGUGGUGAAUCAAUGAGCCAGUUGAACUCAACAGAAAUGGCUCAGAGUUUCUACAGCUCACCUCUUUUCGGUUUGGAAAAGAUGAUUCUUGCACGAAUUGAACCAACUUUUGGAAAUUUGGAAAAUUCAAAAAUUGAAAAGAUGAAUUUUGACAUUGGCGAAAAUGUUUCGAUAUUUCAUGUGAUUGAGAAGAAGGAUGAUGAGAUUUUAUUGAGAACUCCAUGGGGCUCAUUAUCUUGGAUGAAAGUUGUGAGGAAAUCAGAUAGUGAAUAUGAAUUGAAUUUUGGAAGUGGAAUCUUGACGAAAGGUCAUUUGGGAAGUAAACCAAUGUUUAAGGUUUUGAUUCCAUUCCAUGCUAUUUAUUCAAGGUAUUUGUUGGCAUUUACAAAACGUGGUAUUGCUAUUAAUAAAAAAUUGUAA